GGUCAUUCUAUCUAUUGCUUAUUUCAGUCAGAGCAGCAUCGCUGGACGUUUUAUUAUAGUCCGUGGAUAUCCCACCGAUACACCACACCUCUUCUAAAAAGGGAGUCUGACAGCUGCAGUCAUGGUGAGGCUAGACCUGGGAAGUGUAGUCCUCCGAAGGAUGAGGCUAGACGACAUAGAGGCGGUCAAAGGUUUGAUAAAGGAGGGCUGCGAGGGCACAGAGAACCGGCUGAUCCUGCAUCUCCUCACUCGCCCUCUGGCGCUCUUCAUGUUGGCCGUCCUCUCGUCCAUCCUGCGCUGCGUUCUGCACUCCUUCAUCCUGGCCUUGGUCAUUCCCGUGUUCAUCGUCAUCAUCUACCUCAAGCUCACGCUGCCCCGCUCCACUGGGAUCCUGGGAGCACGCCGGCCGUACUGGGACUACGUGGGCAGCACCUACCUGGCGGAGAGAGACUCCGAACUCGAGAACCCCUACUCACGGAUGGCCAGGCCCGUAGGGGUCCGAGGCAAAGCCCAGGAGAAGGCUAAGCGGAAGAAGAAGAAGGAGGAAAAAGGAAAAGAGGCCGAGAACCACGACAUGGAAGAUCUGCAGGACAGAGCGCGAGUGGCAGGGGAGGUGUGGGUGGUGGACUGCGACGGGGAAGUCAUCGGCUGCGUGUCCAGGGAGCCGGUGAACCGCUCGGGGGCGACCCGCAUCUGCAGGCUAGUGGUGCAGAGCUGGUACCGGAGGGAAGGCCUGGGCAGCCUGCUGGUGCAGUGUCUCACGAACCGGGAGAAGGAGCGGGGCUCCCGGAGGGUCUACGCCCACGUGCCCUUCCCCUCCCGCGUGGGGGAGCUCUUCUUCAGGAAGCUGGGAUACCGGCUACAGGGCGAGGUGGCUGACGGGGAGGAAGUGCUGAAUAAGGACUUCGAAGAGCCUCAGAAGGGCUGGCUGGGAUUCCCUGUCACUAAAGUAUUUGUGAAAGACCUAUGAGGAGGGUUGGCCGAGGGGGGGGGGGAGCCUGGCUGAAGUUGGUCUUGUAAAGCGGCGGCUAGCUUGCCCGUAGUGCUGUUUUUACACUGAAGUCUUAUGGAGAACAGCCCCUAAAGGCCAGUGCUGAGGCUCUCCCACCUCAUGGGAAAAACAGCAUAAGAAGAGAGAGACAAAUAAGAGGGGAUGAGAGAAAGCAAUUAGAAGGAGGAAGGAAGGAGCCAAGCGCAGACAAGAUAAUCAACCCCAAAGGCUGCAUUUGGAGGCCCACACACACACACAUUUGAGCUUGGUACUUUGACCAUAUGUCUACUAAUGGGCACCAUGGACACUUAUUCCAGUGGUGUGCAUGUGUGGUUCUCCAGCCUUUUGCAAUGCAAGAAGUCCCAUUGGCUGAAGGCAGCAAGCUUGAUUAUUCUCACGUUGACAGUUAAACACUCUCAAUGGGCUGGGAUUAUAAUUUUUUAAUGUAUUUAUUUGAUUAUUUAUCAUUUUCUAUGGCUGUUGUUAUUAAAGUGUGGUGUGUAGUUAUUGUUUGCCUAUAUAAUUGAACUUCAUGUGUUACACUGGAAAAUACAUUAUGUUACAUUUGUUGUUUUUUUGCUAAAUAAAUAUGUUGAAAAAGUCUAAUUUUUGAAAAUUUGAAAUGUAAAUGAAUGGUCAUAUUAAUGAAGAAUAUUAUAGUGUGUUUGUACAUCCUGUGGGGUUUAAACGGGUGUGUUAAAAUAGCUGUGGUUUCUGUGAGUCGACAGAACUUUCUCCCUCUCUCACUCUUCAAAACUUCUGCCACAGUGCACCUGAGUGCAUUUCCUGCUAUGAGUCUGCAAAACAUGAAUGACUUCACCUGUUUCAUUUGCAAAGACACUGCCAUAUACAGUAUGAUCAUGAUGUGUGUAUCACUGUGGAAUUAUGUUUAUGCAUUUGUGCUGGCUGUGAUAUGCAGUACAAACACACGGCAUGCUGCACUAAAGCAGCUCUGCAGGUUACAUGUGGGUGUAGACUGGGUUGUAGCUAAAGACAUAAUCUCUCAAGCUAUGCAUGUGUGGUUAUGUGAGCUACAGCUAGUCGCUCUGACUACUGCGCUGUGGCUGA